UCUGUCCAUGGGGUACUUAGGAAGUCAGUCUCAUUCCCAGCUCAAGAAAGGGACUAGUCAUCGCAAAAUUGUGCUGUUUCCAUUCCCCCUUCAAGGCCACAUCAACUCAAUGCUUCAGCUUGCAAGCAUUCUUCAUUCCCAGGGAUUUAAGAUUUCCAUUGUGCACAACCAAUACAACUCUCCCAAUCCUCGCAACUUCCCUCUCUUCACCUUCGACUCAUUCCCUGAUGGUUUGCUAGAAACUGAGUACCCCUCCGAAUCCGAUCUCCUAGCUUUCAUAGUGCGGCUUAACAUUAGUUGCGUUGUCCCAUUUCGGGAGUGCUUGCAAAAGGUCUUGUGUGAUGACUCCGAGGAUCACAUCGCUUGCUUGAUAACCGAUAACGCUUGGUAUUUUACUCAAGCAGUUGCGGACAAGCUUAAGAUCCCGAGGAUUGUGUUGAGGUGCACUAGUAUCUCUUCAAUUUCUGCUUUCGCUGCCUUGUCUUCUCUGAGAGAAAAGGGUUGCCUCCCAAUAAAAGAUUCCGAAUUAGACAAGGCUGUUCCGGAAGUUCCACCUCUCAAAAUGAAAGACCUUCCAGUUAUCCUCUCAAAGAACCCCGAGGAUCUCCAACAGAUAUUAGCAGACAUGGGCAGAGAGACUGGGGCCGCCUCUGGACUUAUCUGCAAUUCCUCUGAAGAACUUGAGGGGACAAAACUUGCCCAAGCUCGGCAAGCCAUUCCCAUUCCUAUCUUCGUGAUCGGUCCAUUUCACAAGUACUUUCCAGCCUCUGGGAGCAGCUUGCUGGCGCAAGACAUGAGCUCGAUCUCCUGGCUGAACAAGCAAAGGCCCAAGUCAGUCAUCUAUGUGAGCCUGGGAAGCAUUGCAUCCAUCGAUGAGGCCAAGUUCCUAGAAAUAGCAUGGGGGCUAGCAAAUAGUGAGCAAUCCUUUUUGUGGGUCAUCAGGCCUGGAUCAAUUUGUGGAUCGGACUGGCUCGAACCUUUGCCAAGCACAUUCCUAGAGAUGUCAAAUGGAAGGGGUAAUAUCGUGAAAUGGGCACCGCAGCAAGAAGUGCUAGCUCAUCAGGCCAUCGGCGGAUUUUGGACUCAUUGUGGUUGGAACUCGACGUUGGAAAGCAUUUGUGAAGGUGUGCCCAUGAUUUGUAUGCCCUCUUUUGGGGAUCAAAAGGUGAAUGCAAGAUAUGUGAGUGACUUUUGGAGGGUUGGGUUGCAUUUGGAGGAUAAGCUGGAGAGAAGCGAGAUAGAGCGUGCCAUCAGAAGAUUAAUGGCGGAUCCAGAAGGCGAAGCAAUUAGGGACAGAGCAGUGAGUUUGAAGGACAAGGUGGAUCAGUGUUUUAAGGAAGGGGGUUCCUCAUAUAGGUCUCUUGACAGCUUUACUGGCUACUUAUCAUCAUUGUAGGACUCCGAUUUUAGAGGUUAAACUCCUACUAGGA